AUGGCAAAAGAGCUUGGCGAGCAGUUGGAUUCAACCUCUGUGGAGACUCAAGUUGAAGCUGACAGCUCUUCCAAGGAACUUGCCAGGGUUCAAACGGGCGUCUCUGUUGAGCAAGCCGAGGCUCAUUUUGCUGGCCUGCAGCGCGAGUUCACUGGUGUUUCUCGGGCGAGUCGCAGGAACAAGCACCAAUCCACAUCCGAUCCCGAGAAGGGAGCUACUAUCGCAACUGAGGAUGAUGAUGCUUCCAUCUUCGACUUGGAAGCUGCUCUGCGAGGCGACCUUGACGCCAGCACCGAGGCUGGAAUUCGAUCGAAGCAUAUCGGAACUUGUUGGGAUGGCCUGACCGUCAAGGGUAUUGGUGGCUUCACCAACUUUGUCAAGACCUUCCCUGACGCCUUCAUCGAUACCUUCAACGUCAUCACCCCACUGCUUAGAAUGGUUGGUCUGGGUCCGAAAUUCACAGAAGCUACGUUGCUCGAUAACUUUCAGGGCGUGUGCAAGCCAGGAGAGAUGAUUCUGGUUCUGGGAACUCCGGGUUCUGGAUGCACCACCUUCCUCAAGGCCAUUGCUAACCAGCGAUAUGGAUACAGCGGAGUCCAUGGAGAUGUCUUUUACGGUCCAUGGACGGCGCAAGAGUUCAAGCGAUACCGCGGCGAGGCUGUUUACAAUGCUGAAGACGAUGUCCACCACCCUACAUUGACUGUGGAGCAGACCCUGGGAUUCGCUUUGGAUGUCAAGAUGCCUGCCAAGAGACCGGGUAAUAUGUCCAAGACAGAGUUCAAGGAGCACAUCAUCACUCUACUGCUAAAGAUGUUCAAUAUCGAGCAUACUAGGAAGACUGUUGUUGGUGAUGCGUUUGUUCGUGGUGUCUCUGGUGGUGAGCGAAAGCGUGUUUCCAUUGCAGAAAUGAUGAUUACGAACGCUUGCAUUCUCUCUUGGGAUAACAGCACUCGUGGUCUCGAUGCCAGUACCGCCCUUGACUUUGCGAAGAGUUUGAGGAUCCAGACGGAUCUCUACAAAACUUGUACAUUCGUCUCCCUUUAUCAAGCUUCUGAGAACAUGUACAAGCUCUUCGACAAAGUCCUUGUUAUUGAUGAAGGACGACAAGUCUACUUCGGUCCCGCAAAGGAUGCACGUGCCUACUUUGAAGGCCUUGGUUUCCUGCCGCAUCCUAGACAGACAACGCCCGACUACGUGACUGGCUGCACCGACGAAUUCGAGCGUGAAUACCAACCUGGAAGAUCUGCAGAAAAUGCUCCCCACAGUCCGGAUACGCUGAUGGAGGCAUUCAAGGCAUCACCUUAUCAGAAAAUGAUUGAAGACGAAAUUGCCCAGUACAAGGCAAAUCUUGAAAAUGAAAAGCAAAAGCACGACGAUUUCUUGGCUGCCUUCAAGGAAGGCAAGCGCGGCACGUCCAAGCGAAGUCCCUAUCAAGUUGGUUUCCAUAUCCAGGUCUGGUCUAUCAUGAAGCGACAGUUUAUUCUCAAGCUCCAAGAUCGAUUCAACCUUUUCGUCGGCUGGACCCGCAGUAUUCUGGUCGCCAUCGUUCUCGGUACCCUGUAUCUCAAUCUUGGUCAAACCUCUGCCAGUGCUUUCAGCAAGGGUGGCUUGCUGUUUGUAGCGCUUCUGUUUAACGCUUUCCAGGCCUUUUCAGAGUUGGGAGGAACAAUGACAGGACGUCCACUGGUCAUGAGGCACAAGGCAUACGCAUUCCAUCGGCCUUCGGCUCUCUGGAUUGCACAAAUCUUUGUGGAUCAGGCGUUUGCAGCAAGUCAAAUCCUUUUGUUCUCCAUAAUCGUUUACUUUAUGACAGGCCUAGUCCGAGAUGCUGGUGCAUUCUUCACCUUCUAUCUGAUGAUUCUCUCUGGUAACAUUGCAAUGACGCUCUUUUUCCGAAUUCUUGGCUGUGUCAGCCCAGAUUUCGACUCUGCCAUCAAGUUUGCAGUCGUUAUUAUCACGCUCUUCAUCACAACUUCUGGAUAUCUCAUUCAGUAUCAAUCCGAAAAAGUCUGGCUUCGCUGGAUCUAUUGGAUUAAUGUUUUGGGUCUCGCGUUUAGCUCUUUGAUGGAGAAUGAGUUUCAACGAAUUGACCUCACCUGCACUGCAGAAUCGCUUAUUCCAUCUGGCCCUGAGUAUACCGACAUCAAUCAUCAAGUCUGUGUUCUACCUGGUGCAAACGCUGGCACAACUUUUGUCCGCGGCCGAGACUACAUUUCUAAAGGUUUCUCAUAUCUUCCUGGUGACUUGUGGCGCAACUGGGGCAUUGUCAUGGCAUUGAUUAUUUUCUUCCUCUUCCUGAACGUACUCCUUGGUGAGGUCGUCAGGUUUGGCAUGGGAGGGAAUGGCUCCAAGGUUUAUGCCAAGCCCAACAAGGAGCGGAACGAACUGAACGAGGCCUUGGCUGAGAAGCGUGAGGCCAAGCGCAAGGACAGGUCUAAUGAGGCAGGUUCUGAGUUGAUCAUUAACUCGACUAGCGUUUUGACUUGGGAGAGCCUCAACUAUGAUGUCCCUGUUCCUGGAGGUACUCGACGUCUUCUCAACAACGUUUUGGGAUAUGUGAAGCCAGGCGAACUGACCGCCUUGAUGGGAGCAUCUGGCGCUGGAAAAACUACACUCCUCGAUGUCUUGGCAUCCAGAAAGAACAUUGGUGUCAUCUAUGGAGAUGUUUUGGUAGAUGGCGUUAAGCCCGGAAAGCAGUUUCAGCGAUCCACUUCUUAUGCUGAGCAACUUGAUGUUCAUGAGCCUACUCAAACAGUCCGUGAAGCUCUUCGAUUCUCUGCUGAACUCCGCCAACCUUUCGAGACCCCCAUCCCUGAGCGACAUGCUUAUGUGGAAGAAAUCAUCUCUUUGCUGGAAAUGGAGAACAUUGCCGACUGUAUCAUUGGAUCUCCUGAAGUCGGCUUGACCGUUGAACAGCGCAAGCGCGUUACCAUUGGAGUUGAACUUGCCGCCAAGCCCGAGCUGCUUCUGUUCUUGGACGAGCCCACUUCCGGCUUGGACAGCCAAAGUGCCUUCAACAUUGUCCGUUUCCUGAAGAAGCUGGCUGCUGCCGGUCAGGCAAUUCUUUGCACGAUCCAUCAGCCCAAUGCUGCGCUAUUCCAGAACUUUGACCGUCUUUUGCUGCUGCAGCGAGGAGGACGCACCGUCUAUUUUGGCGAUAUUGGCAAGGAUGCUGCUGUUCUGCGUGCUUACCUGGCUCGGUAUGGCGCCGAAGCUGCCCCCACCGACAACGUUGCAGAGUAUAUGCUUGAUGCAAUCGGUGCUGGUAGCAUGCCCCGAGUUGGCGACCGUGAUUGGGCUGAUAUCUGGGAGGAUAGCCCUGAAUUUGCCCAUGUCAAGGAUGUGAUAAUCGAGUUGAAGCGAGAGCGAGUAGCAGCCAACCAGGCGAGCUCUGAACUCGAAAAGGAGUAUGCCUCUCCUCUUGCCCACCAGAUGAAGGUUGUUGUUCGACGCAUGUUCCGAUCUUUCUGGCGUUCACCCAACUACUUGUUUACCCGUCUGUUUGCUCACAUUUCUGUUUCUCUCAUCACUGGUCUCACCUAUCUCAACUUGGACGACUCAAAGUCUUCUCUCCAGUACAAGGUCUUCGUCAUGUUCCAGAUCACCGUUUUGCCUGCCAUCAUUAUGUCACAAGUCGAAAUCAUGUACGCCACGAAGCGUGCGCUGUUCUUCCGCGAAUCCUCAUCCAAGAUGUACUCAGCCUCUUCUUUCGUCACGGCUAUCAUUCUCGCCGAGAUGCCUUACUCUGUCCUCUGUGCAGUGUCUUUCUACCUUCCCCUAUACUUCAUGCCCGGCUUCCAGACUAGCCCCUCGCGCGCUGGUUUCCAGUUCUUUAUGGUUCUCAUCACAGAACUAUUCGCUGUCACGCUGGGUCAGGGUCUCGCCGCGCUUGCUCCCUCACCCCGUAUCUCUACCCAGUUUGACCCUUUCAUUACCAUUGUAUUCGCUCUCUUCUGUGGUGUGACCAUUCCAUAUGCGCAGAUGCCCAAGGGCUGGCGCGUCUGGCUCUAUCAGCUCGAUCCUUUCACUCGACUCAUCGGUGCUUGUGUUACCACCGCACUUCACGGAGUCCCAGUCGUUUGCAAAAGCAGUGAACUGAACCGAUUCACCGCCCCUAACGGCACGACUUGCGGCGAAUACAUGCAGCCUUUCUUCGAGAGGGGAGCUCCUGGCUAUCUCGUUUCCAACACCACUCAGAACUGCGAGUACUGCUCGUAUAAAGUUGGUGAUGAGUUCUACAUCCCGUUGGGUCUGAGUUUUGACGAUCGCUGGAGAGAUUUGGGCAUUUUCCUCUGCUUUGUUGUUAGCAACAUUGUCAUUCUAUCCAUAGGUAGCCGAUUCGUCAACUACAACAAGAGGUAA